UUCAAACAUAAUUUUGCUGACUGUUCCAUACGUCCACAUUUCUUCAACUACCCAUACGAUCCCUCACGCACACACACAUAUCUAAUUCUCAAUUAUGCAUUAAGUUCUUCUUCUCUAUAUAAACCGACCAUAUACUCUACAAAAACAAGCAAAAUCACCGCCCUCUAUUCUCUUCAAUCCUACAAAAAUUUAAAAAGAGGAAAAGGGCUACAAACCCUUCUUUUUAUAUUUGAUUUCUUUUGUAACUGAAAUUAAAUACAUAGAGAUUGAAAUGGAUUUAUCAAGCAAUAGCAAUGGAGGGUUGGAGCAAGGAAGGGCUAAUAAUAACAACAAAGAAGUGGUGGAAGUUGCAAACAAAUCAAGUUUGAGGGGUUCGGAUUUGAUGUUGAGGUUCUUGGCUUUUGCCACCACUUUGGUGGCCGCCAUAGUUCUCGGCACCGAUAAACAGACCAAGCUGGUGUCCAUGCAGGUGGUUCCCACCCUCCCGCCGCUCAGUAUUCCGGUCACCGCCAAGUGGCAUUACUUAUCUGCCUUUGUGUACUUUGUGGUGGCAAAUGCAAUAGCAUGUGCAUAUGCAGCAUUGUCAUUACUACUGGUGUUGGCAAGUAGGGGUAAGAAGAAAGGCCUCACAAUGUUAAUCAUCACAAUGGACCUAUUGAUGGUGGCGCUUCUGUUUUCGAGUGGCGGAGCCGCCUUGGCCGUCGGCCUAAUAGGGUACCAAGGCAACUCACAUGUCCAGUGGAACAAAGUGUGCAAUGUGUUCGGUAAGUUCUGCCACCAAGUCGCCGGCGCCAUCGUCGUUUCCUUGCUUGGUUCGGCGGUGUUUCUCUUGUUGGUUUUGCUAGCCACUUUGAACCUCCACAAGAAGCAUCACUAGAAGGUCUUAUAGUGGUUAUAAUACUUACUAGAGUUCUUUCUCUUUUUUUUUCAUACCCUAUUUUUUUGGGGUUUUCGUGAAGUACGAUGAAAAAUUUGAUUUUAUUCGUGUUGGUUGAUUUGUGAUAGUGCGUUUGUUGAUUUGGUUAUUGCUUUUGUACUCCAACAAAAUGUAGAAAAAUUGUAGUAUAGUAAAACAUCUUCAAUUAAUAAUGUCUUUGUUGUUUACCCUCAAGUAUAGUUACCAAUCUACAUUAUUUGAAGCAUAGAUAUAGUAGUUACUGAAUACCUUGUUAUUGGUGUCUUUCAAAUGGCUUGAAUAUAAAAUAUUUUCUAAGACGGGGAUAUAAAUGUAU